AUGCGCAUAUCCCAGAGAUAUCCACUGCCAUGGCGGCUCCUUGGUUCGCCCGCACAGGCGCGCAGUUUCUCGUCGACACCCCGCCGUCGCGAGAUCAAGCACAUUUCCGAGCUGCCUCUGCGCACAAAGCCGUCGUACAUACAAUCACCCAACAACACACUCCUCAGCCUCCAAUGGCCAUCACCGCCACGAAAUAUACUCGUCACCAAGAAGAAGCGCACGCCCAACAUCACCGAGUCCGUCAUUGAAUUCACGUCGCAUAUCCGCUCCACCUACCCCGCCAUAAACGUCAUCUUUGACCCAGAAACAGCAGAAGAGUUGCAUGAAAAACUUUCGUUUCCCAUCUAUACAUACAAGAGAAGCAAUGGCGUACCGCAGCAGCUUUCGGAUAAAACCGAUCUGGUCUGCACUCUAGGCGGAGACGGAACACUGCUGAGAGCCAGCAGUCUCUUCAGCCAUUCCGAAAAUGUGCCUCCUGUCCUGAGCUUCGCCAUGGGCACAAUCGGUUUUCUGGGCGAAUUUAAAUUCAAAGAGUACAAGCGCGCAUUUCGAGAGGUAUACAUGAGCGGUGCGCCAGACACGUACGCAACAUUAUCUGAUUCCUUAGGCAAAAGCCCACCACGCUUGCCUUCUUCGCCCGAUGACCCACUAGACAAGCCAUUGAGCUACGCCGAUAUACGCGGCAAGGCAAUGGGAACCAACAGAACAGCGCGCAUUCUCCUUCGUAACAGGCUCAAAGUCGGUGUUUUCGGGCCCGACGGGAAGAGAAUCGGGAGCACAGACGAUGAGGGCGAUACCUACGCGUUGAACGAAGUCACGCUGCACCGCGGCGGAAGUCCACAUCUCAAGGUUAUCGAUGUAUACAUCAACAAUCGGUUUCUGACAGAAGCUGUUGCGGAUGGUAUGAUUAUCAGCUCGCCUACAGGCUCAACCGCAUACUCGCUUUCCUCUGGCGGAAGCAUCGUACACCCUCUCGUCCCAUCAAUCUGUCUCACUCCCAUCUGCCCUCGCUCCCUCUCUUUCAGACCCCUAGUCCUACCCGCCGAAACGCCCAUUACACUGCGUCUCGGCGCCAAGAAUCGCGGCCGAGAAGUCGAAGUUAGUAUCGACGGCAGCACCAUCACUGAAAAACUGGGUACAGGAAUGGAAGUCCGCAUAAGCGGGGAGGAAGUCAAGCGCGAUGCUAGAGGCUGGGAGGGCGGCGUACCCAGCAUUGUUAGAGGCACUACGGGCAAGGAAGAUAUGGCAGAGGAUCAUUGGGUAGGCGGUCUGAAUGCGUUGUUGAAAUUCAAUUAUCCAUUUGGCGAUCAGGAUUCUUGA